ACCCAAGGGAGUUUCUGAGGGGUGCUACUCCCCCCCUCGACCGCUACAUCCUCGGGAAGUACGAGGACGAUGCCCUCGAGCGAAGAGCUCUGGAGGCCUCGCUCACUGCUAGCCUAGCCCUCGGAGAGUAUGUCCAAAGGGUGGAGCAAAUGCGCCUGAAGAAGGCAGAGAAUGAAAAUGCUCUCAAGAAGCUGAUCGAGGAUCACGCCGAGGCCGUUAGGAUCGGGGCUGAACUGGAGGAGUCCCUUCGGUGCGCCAAGGUUGAGCUUGAGCGGAAGGUGAAAGACGCUGAGGCCAAAGGCAAAGCUGAGGCAGGAAAGGCUGCUGCCGAGGCCGCUAAGUCAGCCGCUGAGGAGGCCGAGGCUGCCAAGAAGGAGGCGGUGGCC